CGCCCGGACACCGUGACAGCAAACGCUGUUCCUCCGACGCACCUUCCAGGUGAUCAGUAUAUGAUAUCGCAGAGGUGUGAAGCGUUCUGAGAUUUUAUUAGUGUUUCUCCAUCAAAUGGCCUAACGUCAAAUGCUUUGUUUCCGAGCUCGACUGUCACUUGGACGUCUGAAAUGCGGCCUCUCCGCCCACACCCCCCUCUUAUCUGGGAGAAGAAAGCGAGAGCACCGUUAAAAUGAAGACCGACACGGGGAUAAGAAUUUGAGCUCCGUGUUUAUACCUUGAGUGGGAAAAGCUAGCGGUUAGGCUAGCCAGACAGCUCAGACACCCGGCGGCGGCUCGGAUAUCGAAUUAGUGCCAUUAGUGGUCAUGGCUGGGCUCAUCAAGAAGCAGAUCCUGAAGCAUCUCUCCAGGUUUGCUAAGAACCUGUCGCCGGACAAGAUCAACUUGAGUACGUUGAAGGGGGAGGGGCAGCUCACUCACCUGGAGCUGGACGAGGAGGUUCUCCAGAGUCUGCUGGACCUGCCCACCUGGCUGGCCAUCAACCGUGUGGAAUGUAACAAGGCAGCCAUCAGGAUACCAUGGACAAAGUUGAAGACUCACCCAAUCUCUUUGACCCUGGAUAAAGUGGUGAUGGAGAUGAGUACCUGCGAUGAACCCCGCCCCCCCAAUGGCCCAUCUCCCAUAGCAACAGCAUCAGGACAGAGUGAAUAUGGCUUUGCUGAGAAGGUGGUGGAGGGAAUGUCCCUGUCCAUCAACUCCAUAGUGAUCAGGAUCAGUGCCAAAGCUUUCAACGCCUCAUUCGAACUCUCCCAGCUGCAGGUCUACAGUGUGAACACCAGCUGGAGCAUCAGUGAUCUGCGAUUCACUCGCAUCCAGGACCCUCAGAGAGGAGAGAUCCUCACAUUUAAGGAGAUAAGCUGGCAGAUGAUCCGCAUUGAGGCUGAUGCUAUCCAGAGCGCUGAGCACGAGAUGUUGAGCGCCCCCAUCCGCCUCAUCACCAACCAGUCCAAGAUACGAGUCACUCUCAAGAGACGGAUUAAGGAUUGUAAUGUGGUGGCCUCCAAGCUGAUUCUGAUCCUGGAUGACCUGCUCUGGGUGCUGACCGACUCCCAGCUCAAAGCCAUGGUGCAGUAUGCUAAGUCCCUUAGUGAGGCCAUGGAGAGGUCUGCACAGCAGAGGAAGAGCAUGGCUACAGAGGACCAGGUGUCGUCAGCACAGCCUUCAGCCCAGCAGGUGCGUACCCAGCAGGUGUCUACAGCCGCUGACCAGAAUGCAACGAUGGCCAAGCUGUUCGCCACCUAUGAUGUGUGCGAGACGUCGCACCACCUCCAGAUCACACACCUUGACCUGCACAUAUGUGACGACAACCAUGUUAAGGACAAAGCGAUCAAUAAGAGAAUAACAGGUGGAGCCAUGCAGCUUUCCUUCAGCUCCAUCACUCUGGACUACUACCCUUUCCACAAAGCAGGUGACAGCUGUGCCCACUGGAUGCACUACAGCGACGCCACCAAGGCUAGGGAGGACUGGGCACGGUACCUGCUUGAUGAGUUCGAGGCCAAUGUGGAGAUGUUAAAGAAUGCAGUUCGAGACCAGCCAGGCUCGGCCACUGCACAUGGAUCCCCACAGCUUGGUAAGAUAAGCACCUCCUCCACCAUUUCCUUUAGUCCUCCUCCCCCUCAAAACUCCAAGGCCCACCUCAUGUCCAGUUCAUUUGUUCUCAGGAUGGCUGACUUCAGCAUCUACCAGGUGUCAACAGCAGACCAGCGGUGCUCCAGACCUAAAACCAUGAUCUCCUGUAAUAAGAAGUCAUUGUACCUCCCCCCAGACAUGCCAGCCAUCCAUGUCGAGUUCACAGAGUACUUUUUUCCAGAUGGAAAAGACUACCCCAUCCCGUGUCCCAACCUGUAUGCCCAGUUGAACGCCCUGCAGCUGGUUCUGGAUCCUCGCAGCCUGGUGUGGAUCAGCCUCUUUGCCCUCGAUCUCAGGCAGAGUCUGGAGCAGUUCAUGGAGAUCUACAAGCUCAACGACUCGCAGAAACCCGAUGAACAUGUUGACAUCAAGGUUGACGGCCUCAUGCUUAAGCUGGUAAUUCCAACUGACCAGGAAGCCUCAUACCCUCCUGACCUGCCGCGCUCCAUCUCAGUGCAGACUUCAGAAAUGGUGGCCACCAACACCCGACACCCCGCCAACUGCACUCGCUCCCACCUUGAGGUCCUGCUGCAGGCCUUUGAAGAGGAGCCCUUCUUCUCUUCUGAUUUCUUCUCAUUCCCUCGCUCCUCCUCCUCCUUACCUCUCCUUCAUUCCAUCUUCCAACGUCAUGCUCAUGAACAAGACACCAAGCUCCAUGACAUCUACCGUGGCCUUGUGGUGCCAACAAUGGGCACAGAUGCCCUCAAGAUGUCGGCUGCUACUGACUUUUGGGCGCUGCACUUUGCGCAGUUCUGGGUGGACUAUGAAGGCAAAGGACGGCCACAGCCCUUUGUGGACUCCUUCCCUCUCACUGUAUGGGCGUGUCAGCCAGCCAAGCUCCUCCAGCACCAGCAGAAGUUGAAAGGUGCUGCUGGAUCAGGUUUGUCCAGAAGCCCUUCUGCAGAGGUCGUUGCUCGCCUACAAAGAAAACGCUUAUUAAAGCAGUAUUACAGUACUGUUGUGUCACCAACAUCUUCUCACAUCAGUGAUGCAACACUGCCACCCAGUAAUGGACUCAAUAAACCCCUCUCAUUACACACUCUGCCUCCUUCCUCUUCAUCAAGUAAAGAUGCAGAUGUGCAUGUGCUGGUGCAUGUGCAGAAGCAUUUAAGUGCUCAGGUGAACCACCGACAGUAUGUGUUUCUGAUGCACCUGCAACGCAGCAUCAAAGCCCUGCAGCAGGAGCUGGAGGAGAUGGGCUCCAAAAGAGAACGUAAGGAUCCCUCCCAGCGUCCUGCAGACCACCAGCCCUUCACCGUCUGCUUGGGCCUUCUGCUGAAAAGCGCAGAGGUGUCCCUGCUCCUGAAGCCCGUCUCCCAGCCUGCAGGUUCAGGAUCCCCUCUGGUAUCUGAGCUCUCUCCCUCAGAGAGCCGAGGAACUCUGGAGCCUGUGAGCGACACAGGAGAAGUGGUGGAGAAGAGCGAGAAAGGAAAUGAAGGGUCAUGCUCUGUAGACCAGUUGUUAGGUGGUGAAGGUUCAGACGGUGGAGCCAUGCAGUGCCCUCCCCCCCUUGUCCCCACCUCCAUGUCAACUCACCAUCCUGACUCAAAUCACAAAGCCUCGCUGGACGAGAGCACUUUGGCUAAGAACACUGGGAAGUGGAGUUCAGAUGCAGGGGGUGAGGCGGUGUUGGAAGUUUUGGUUGCAGGUGAUGGAAUGGGAGAUGGACUCGACUCUAAAACCCAGGCGAGUGAACCUCUGUUUGACCCACUCACUAGCAAAGACUGGAGCGACAAAGACCAGGCAGCAGCUGCUAAGAUGUCUCAGUCAGUAUCCAGGAAAGGAAGUUUGUCUGUGGUUUCUGAUCUCCUCAGCUUCUCAAAAUCCAGCAGAUCCACCUCCCUUUAUUCCAUAUCCAACAUUGGUCGUUUGAUGCGGGACCGCUCCCAGUCCAGUUUCUCAGUGUCCUAUAAGAACAUGAAGAAGAGCCCUUCCCUCCGUUCACUUGACAACAUCUCCAUCGACAGCUGCCUUUUGGAGGAUGGAGACAUGUACAGCCUGCCAGAGAGAGAUGAUGCAUCUAUCUCAGGCUUCAAGGAUGCCAUCAAUGAGCAGAGCGCCCCUGAGAGUGCCACUGAGGCCGUGACCGAGCAGGAGGGAGGCGGGUCCCCGGACACCGUCAGCGCCACCUCCCAGAGCAUCGAUGAGCCCACCAAAGAUAUAGUGUCAGUGCUGGUGUUGAAGGUGCAGUCAGUGUGUGUGGGCAUGGAGGUGGAGGGCGAGAGCACGGCCGUGGCUCUGGAGGUGGGCCAGGUCACGCCCAGCCAGCUGGGCAACAUCAGCCUCAGAGAGUAUCUCAGCAACCGCAGCCUGGGUUUGGUGUGUUCAGUACCAAUACCUGCUCAAAGCAGCCAAGCUGGUGGUGAGACCAGCUCUGCAUCCAUCAGGGGCCUCCACAGUCCUGAGGUGCGGGCUCGCCUGGAGAGCGGGCCCUGUGCCGCUGCCCACUCCCCGCUGGCCGAGCGCAACGGAUUCCUGCAGCUGCGUCUUCACGGAUACCAAGCAAGCUUUGUGAUGUCAACGCUGCGUAACCUGGCCCACUUUCUGGAAGAUGAUUCUGCGCCGCAGGUGCUGCCUAUGGAGAUCAACAUCAGGGACGCACACAUCAACCUAAAAGAUGACAGCCCCCGUGACAGUCCCUCUGACUUGGAGCCCUCGCCGAUCACCCUGCAUGUGGACGGUCUCAUCAUACACAGAAGAGACGACGGCUCCUUCUUUAUAGGAGUGGAUAGAGCUGCGGAGGCCAAAUGCAGGAAAGACGGCGUGAUGGUUGACCACUCACCGAGUCUGGUCCCUGAAACUGCAGGCAGUAUCUGCAGAGUAUCAAAGGCUACGCAGACCCAAGCCCCACCCACCAGCCCUCCUCCGUUUACCAGAGAAGAGACGCUAAUGGAGGAGAAUGAAUGUUUGAAGAUGGAGUUGUCCCGAGCCAAGAUGGCGCUGGCUGAGGCGCAGAUGGAGAAGGACUCGCUGCUGCACCGGAUGAAGAACCUCAAGGUGAACACCAGCUAGACUUGUCUUUCUCUUCACACCCUGCCAGUCAUUCAGACCCACUGCUCUGCACGGAUAAGGGCCAACACUUAUGGGCAGCAGCAAAAGAAUUCAAAGCAACAUGAACAAGAAAAGAGAAAGGGGGAUUCCUCGCUGCAGCUGCUCCCUUUAGAUGCAUAGAUUUUGAGUGAGCCACCAUGUGACUGUAAACAUCAAGAUAAUUCCUUCAUAAAGCAAUGCAGAGUCUGUGUGAAGACUUAAAUACACACUUGAUGUCUGUUUUAUGUCCUCCACUUUGGACUGUGGAGGCUCAGAGACAGUUGGAAAGGGAGAAAUGACGUUUACCUGGGACUUUGUGUGUGUGAAAGAAACAGGAUGAGGAUCUUUAUGGUUGUGCCUCCAGAAAACAUUCCCAUAUUGCUCCUGUUUUACAUCUUAAACCAAGCAAACAGUAACAGCUACACUUGGAUGAGUUUCAUUCAAACCUGCAGAUAUGAAGGAACACUGAAUGUCUUCAGAGGAAUGUCUCAAAAAAUGACUUAUUUUGCACCGCACUGAAAUGAAACUUGUAAUUUAGUGCUUUCAUAUUGGGAGGGGAUGAAACAAACAGUGCUCAUCCUCAGAGUGUGUACAGUGUAUAUUGUAAAAGAGUAUGACCACAAGAAUUUUCUACAGAACUUUAAAUGGUCAUCCCAGUUGAAUGCGUGUCUGUUUCAGCUAGAACAAGCAUUUCAUUACAAGAAGAGAUGAAUUAUCUGUCAGUUUCACAGCUAGUGUGUAUCCCCCUCCCCGUAUUUUUCUAUGUGUAAAUAGCUGCCUAUAUUUAAUAUGUGCAGCACUUUUAAAACUGAGGCACUGUAAAUACAACAACCAGAACUGUGAGAGAACAACUGUUGAGCUGUUUAGAAAAGUAACAAAUGUAUGCUGCCUUCUAAAAAAAAAAGAAAUCACUGAA